ACUUAACACUUCACCUCAAUCAAACAUAAAGAAGAAGAAAGUUUAGGCAAUAAAAAAAAAAACAAGAAAAUGUCUAUCUUCCUUUGUUUUCUCUUACUCCUCCCUCUCACUUUGAUCUUCUUUAAAAAGCUCUCACCGUCAAAAGGAAAGCUUCCUCCGGGACCUACGGGUCUUCCGAUCAUAGGAAACUUGCACCAGCUUGGAAGAUUUCUUCACAAAUCUCUUCACAAAUUCUCCCAAGAAUAUGGACCUGUGAUGUAUCUUCGUUUUGGGGUAGUGCCUGUGAUCACUGUCUCUUCCAAAGAAGGAGCUGAGGAAGUGCUCAAGACUCAUGAUCUUGAGACUUGUAGCCGACCUAAGACGGUGGGGAGCGAGUUAUUUACUUACGGCUGUCAAGAUAUUGGCUUCGCUCCUUUUGGUGAGUGCUGGAGAGAGAUGAGGAAAAUCGCCAUGCUCGAGCUCUUUAGCCCGAAAAAGCUCAAAUCUUUCAGGUCUAUUAGAGAGGACGAGAGCGCAUUGUUGGUCAAGAAGGUAUCAAAUUCUGCUUAUGAGAGACCUACUUCACCAGUUAAUUUGAGGAAAGUCAUUUUCACCUUUGCGGCAGGCAUCAUUUAUAGACUUUCUUUUGGACAAAAUUUCUGCGAUUUUGUGGAUAUGGAGACAGUGGAAGAUUUGGUGCUUGAGUCGGAGGUCAACCUUGGCUCCGUGGCGUUUGCUGACUUCUUACCUGCAGGGUGGAUCAUAGAUCGGGUCUCCGGUCAGCAUUCCAAGGUGAAAAAAGCCUUUGACAAACUCAACAAUUUCUUUGAACUUGUGAUUGAUGAUCAUUUGAAGAGUGGAAAAAUCCAAGAUCACGCAGACAUCGUUAGUGCCAUGUUGGAUAUGAUCAAUAACCCUACUAAAUUCGGUCCUUACAAAGUCACCAAAGACCAUCUCAAAGGAGUCAUGUCGGAUGUGUUUUUGGCUGGAGUGAACGCUGGAUCCAUCACGAUGAUAUGGACGAUGACAGAGCUAAGCAGACAUCCGAGAGUGAUGAAAAAACUUCAAGAAGAGAUUCGAGCAGCGCUAGGACCCAACAAAGAGAAAAUCAAAGAAGCAGACCUAGAGAAAGUUGAGUACUUGAAGAUGGUGAUAGAGGAAAUAUUCAGAUUACACCCACCAGCUCCUCUCUUGCUCCCAAGAGUAACAAUGUCCGACAUCAAGAUUCAAGGCUACAACAUUCCCAAGAACACCAUGAUCCAAAUCAAUACUUACUCGAUUGGACGUGAUCCCAAAAACUGGACAAAACCCGAUGAGUUCAUCCCCGAGAGGUUUGUCGAUAACCCUAUUGAAUACAAGGGUCAGCAUUUUGAGCUAUUGCCGUUUGGAUCAGGACGUAGGGUCUGCCCCGGGAUGGACACGGGGAUCACCAUCGUCGAGCUCGGCCUUCUUAACCUUCUUUACUUCUUCGAUUGGAGCUUGCCCAAUGGCAUGACAACCAAUGACAUCGACAUGGAAGAAGACGGAGCUUUUGCCAUAACUAAGAAAGUCUCUCUUGAACUCGUACCAACUCUUCAUCGCUGGUGAAGAAUAUAAUAACUACUUUUAAAUAGGAACAAGACUUGCUAUAUGUUUGUCUACUUUACUACCGUUAUGGGUUUUGCUUUGUCCUUUGUACGAUAACGUUUAUUUUGUCAUGUAAUCCGCAUGUUUCAUGUUUACAAUAAUGUUUCAAUAUCUAUCUUUCAUUUUUUGUUGAAA